AUGGCCUUCCACAACAAGGGCAAGAAAACUGCCUGGCAAACAUGGGGCAUUUGUCCAGAGGCCUUCCCUGUCUUCUCCAAGCUGAGCCAGUCACCUCUCACAGUAGAAGAUGGCGACCUGGAGAUACUGGAGAAGUCUGUCAUACUGAUGGAUGACAGGAACAUCUUAUCCAAAUAUGACUCUAUCCCCAAACGGCUGAUCCGUCCGGGAUCUCCAAACAUCUACAAGCUUCUACCAGAGACACAGAAUAUUGGAGGCCUGACUAGACUGACCUUAGGAACAAAAAACAUGAUCAAGGUGAACAAAACCAUCUUACUGGUUGGUGAAACAGGAUCAGGAAAGUCUACUCUGAUCAACUCUCUGGUCAACUACGCCAUGGGAGUGGAGUGGGAGGACAACGUCUGGUUUGACAUCAUAGAGGAGAAAAAAAGUCAACCUGAAAAUCCAGAGGAAAAGGAUGAUCAGUCCAAAAGUCAGACAUCAGACGUGGUCGUGUACGAGAUCUUUGGUUUUGAAGGUAAACCUCUGUCCUACUCUCUGACCAUCAUCGAUACUCCAGGAUACGGAGACACCAGAGGGACUGAAUGUGAUGACAUUGUUAGUGAAAGACUGCUCGACCUGUUCAGUUCAAAGGAUGGAGUCCAUGAGAUCACUGCUGUGGGUCUGGUCAUGAAAGCUUCUGUGAAUCGACUCGAUGACAGACAAACUUACAUCUAUGACUCAGUGCUGUCUCUGUUUGGAAAAAACAUGGAAAACAACAUCAUUGCCCUCAUCACUCACUCAAACGGUAAAAAACCCAAAAAUGUUCUGACGGCCAUCGAGGCAGCAAAGAUAACGUGUGCCAGAGAUGACAGGAAACAGCCGAUCUACUUCCUGUUUGAUAACUGCCAGAAUGAAGACAGAGAUGAGGAUGAAGAAGACCCUGAUCAUGCAUCUGAAAUAACCAAGAAAGGAAUGAGACAGUUCACAGAAUUUUUAGGAAGAAUUGAACCUCAGAGGCUGCAGGUCACAGUGGAUGUUCUUGAGGAGAGAAAGGGGCUACACGCCUGCAUUGGAAAUCUGCAAGAACGAAUCGAGCAUAUUGAGGAAAAACGGAAAGCGAUUAAGAAGAAUGAGAAAACUCUGAGGCAACUUGAAGAAGAUACUGAGAAAAAAGAGGGCACCAAGGUGCCGAUUGAGAAGACAUACAGAGAGAAAGAAUGGUUUGAUGUCAAGAGAAGAUGGUAUGAAGGGUUGAAUAAAAUGGGAGCUGUGUGCUGUGAAAUCUGUGAGGAGAACUGUCACUCUGAUUGCAGAGUAGCCAUUAAUGCGGGAUUUUGUGAGGUCAUGUCAAACAACUACUGCACUUCAUGUUCUAGGAAGUGUCACGUAUCACAUCAUGUGAAAGAACACAAGAAGUAUGUGACAAAGACAAGAAUAGUCUGGUGUACCCCUGAUGAAAUACUAGAAGAAGCAAGAAAGAUGCAUGAAGAAUGCAAGGAUUUGAAAAGCUAUUUGGAAAAACUUAAGAAGGAGGAGAAAGACCUUCAGAAAGAGAAGGACAAGUUGUUAGAAGAGUCCUUCCAGCAUAUUGUCAAGCUGGAGCAGAUCGCUCUGAAUGCCGACUCCCUGUCCAUCCUUGUCCACUUGGACUUCCUGAUUAAGAAAAUGGAGGAGAAAGGAGACACUGAGAAGGUCAAGAAACUGAAGGAGAUGAGAGCUCGAGUAGAUAAAGGAAUGGAGAGGGGAAUGCAGUACAAAGAAGGAGCAGGUGGGAAAAGGAGGAAACUGCAGGAAAGCAAUUAAAACCAGAGGCAAAUCCAGACUUUUUUUGAUAGGGUGGCCUGGAGCCUGU